AUGGCCACCCUCUACGACGCCCUCCAAUGCCUCAAGCCGACAUCCUGGGACGCAGUCCCGCAGUCAUCCAACGAGCUCCGUGAAUACGUGCGCGACAUCUUCAAGAACAGCCGCCUUGUCGCCGAAUCACUCCCAGACCUUCCAGCUUACAAGAACGACACCUACCCAGACGGGGAGUUUGAAGCAGUAGCGGGUUCGGGUCCACGGGUGGUUCCCUCGUCGGCGCGCGUCGCAGAGACAGACCCCGAGAUUACGGCUCUACAAAAACAAUGGGGGAAACCGAUCAAGAUGGGCGGGCCCAAGGAGAAUCCUCUGGGAGUGCAUGUGUACAAGCUGACCGCGAACGAUGGCGGCGGCCAGUGGUUUGGGCGACGGAGCGUGCACGAAGGGCUAUCGUUUGCGCGGUGGCGGCAGAAAAUGGCGAGCGAGUAUGACGAGACGCUAAAGGUUAAUCAGAAGAAGAUUGCGGAUGGCCUGACCCCUGAUAAGAGUAUUCGGGGUAUUGGGGCCGAGGAGAAGGUUGAGACGUUUGAGGUCAAGGAUGAUGAGAAUGGGGAUGGCUCUGUGCUUGCCAAUGUCACGGUUUAUCACGUCUCAGCGCAGUUUCCCAAGCCGACGGCGCCGCGCGAUUUCGUCGCUUUGAUUAUUACGUCUGAGGUUGGGCUGCAGAUUGGCGGGACCAAGCAGCCUGGUCGCAGCUGGAUGAUGGUCUCCAGGCCGUGUGAGCACCCGGAUGUCCCGCUCAAAGAUGGGUAUACGCGGGGCGAGUAUGAGUCUGUCGAGCUCAUUCGAGAGAUCCCCAAGAAAAGGAAAGAGGGUAGCGAGAGCAGCUCAUCGAGUCGAGAUGAGUCAACCAAGACUAAGAGCAAGGACAAGCAAAAGUACAAUGGUGCUGAUGGUGCAAACACCCAAUGCCCCGAGGAGCUGGAUGAGAAGAACGGUGCUCUGGAAGACGAGGACGAAGAAAUGAACCCAGUUGAAUGGAUCAUGGUCACCCGGAGCGACCCCGGCGGUAGUAUCCCGCGGUGGAUGGUGGACAAGGGCACUCCCAGAAGCGUGGGGUUAGACGCGGCCAAGUUCGUGAACUGGGCUGUUCAAGACGACAAACCGCAGCGGCCAGCGAUACAUUCAAGGUCUGCAUCUGCAAAGGUAUCGGCAGACGCCCUAUCCACCUACAACCAAGAGUCCGACGACGGGGACACGUCAGAUUCAGAGACCGAUUCAACAGACUUAGACGAGCAACAAGCCCACCACGGGCUUAUUGCCAGCGUCACAGGCCUGCUCAACACCGGUCUAGAGCGAUAUGCACCGCAAGCAGUCCUGGACUAUAUCCCGCACCACAACGAGCUGCCAGAUCGUACUUUAGACGGCAGUACCGUCCACCAGAAGAUUCUUCCUAGCGAUGCCAAAUCCCAAAGCUCUGGAUCAGUCACAAAGCCCACGGGGCUCGACUCACUGAAAGCGCACGAACCGGACCACGUCUCGCUAUCUUCAGCGCGCUCCGAGGUACCCACGCCAGCGAUCGAUGAAAUCGCGCACAACAACGUCCCGCCGGCAGAGUUAAUCCAGAUGACGAAGACGGGCAAGCUCUCACACCACGAAAAGGACCUCGCCAAGCUCGCGCUCCGCAAGCGCGAAGUCGAGUCCAAGCUAGACACGAUCCGCGCCGAACUAGACAAGCUCCAGAUCCCCAUGCAGCAGCAAGGCUCCUCCUCACCAGCGCCGAGCAAGGGCCUCGCUGAUAUAGAUGGCGACACCGGCGCGGUGCGCAAGCGUGCCACCGAGACCCGGUCAUCGACGCCCACCAGCGCCGGCACACAGAAGAGCCAGCGUGCCGGCGGUGCCGCCAGCAGCGAUGGUCAGUCUUCUUCCACUAAGACCCAAACCCAGACAUCGACCUCCGAGCCGCCGGUGCGCACGCACAAGGCUGCGUCGCAGCUCUUCGGUGAAGAAUCCAAGCAGCUGAAGCAGCUGAGCAAGAUCGAGGCCAGCCAGCUCAAGCUCGCGUCGAAGAUUGAGGCGCGCCAGCGGAAAGAGGCGGAGCGCUCGGAGAAAACCCGGUCUAAAUCCGAGGUCGAGAAUCUACGCCAGGAAGUCGGAGAUCUGAAGAAAGAAGUGAGCAGGUUGCGCUCUGAGCGCCAGAAGUGGGUGGAUCUGGUUGCGUCGCUGCAGGCGGAAAAUACCAAGCUCGCUGCGGAACAGGAGCAGAAGUGA